CUUCAUUUGAAAACUAUUAUCGAGAGUCGGUAUGAAGUUUCUGCCAGUAACGAUUGUAGUGCUUAACCUGCUGAACGGGUUUUGCCUUGGGGAACAACCGUAUACAGUGCAAAAUGAGGCGCUGGAGCCCUUCAACGGAUUUAAGCAAACUAAGGUGGAUAUGUCAAAUUUAAAAACUGUCGGACGGCAACGUUUUGUGAAUGGCACUGUGAAUAUAUUAGAAGAUAUGGAUAGUGACAACUACAAAUUUCAAGUGGAAUUAUAUUCGAGUCCUCAAGGGGAUGGCCAAUACAAACGGUUGCCUAUGGGUGUGCCAAUGACCAGAAUUUGCGAGGGAUUUAAGGAUUUGUAUACAAAAAUUAUACAACCUUCACUUGUUGAGGGUGAAAAUACGGAUUUCCCUCACGUACCCGAUGAAGGGGUGUGCCCAAUACCAGCUGGCGAAUUUUAUAUAAAAACUUUGGAAUUUAACACCGACACCUGGCCCAACCAGAUUCCACGCGGAAUAUUGAAAGCUGUUCUAACAUACUUCAAGGGUGAAGAAAAUGUUGGUGGAGCUGUAAUGAAGAUGAAAAUCGAAGAUCGAGAGUAGGAAGUGUAGAAUGCUAUAAUUCAAUCAAGUUCGCAGCAGAGAGUAUAAUUCAAAUAUCGAGGUGAAGGGAAUGGUAUUUUGUUUACAUUUACUUUAAAGUUCAGUACAUAAAUCAAUAAUCAUGUAUGUAUACAUUUAUA